AUGGGACGUCGCCGAAAAUGCCCUCUUUGUGGUUCGAAGCAAUGGCGCAAGAACUCAGUGACUGGUACAGUUGUUUGUAGCGAAGGCCAUGUCCUGCAGAAUUACAUUAAUGAAUCGGGAGAGGCAGAAGAGCUAGGCCCUCACACUAUGCGCAAGCGUACUCUGAAAUCCAGUCGCAAAAGGGGUCAAAAGCUGGGCAAUGCUGACCCUCACUGUAUAGUGUACCACGGCGAUCGUGCCCGUUUCCUUUACUUUCAGUGCUUGCAGUUGCUCUUACGUCGACAGAUUGUCACCUUGACUUCCCUCUGGCAGCUUCCACACGAGUUCGAGCUGAUUUGCAGGGAUGUAUGGAGUUUAUACUUGGACACGCUACCGCGUCCACCUCCGGCAGAGCCAUAUCACUACAGGCAAGAUCAGACGAUGGGCGCGGAAACUAAUAUUACCAACGACAGCGCUCAAGGCACAAAGACCACGGCGCAGCAGCCCCAUCCUCAUGCAGAUACGUCUUCCUCAUCCGAAGAAGAAAUAGAUAAAAGGGUGUCCGAAGAAGAACAAGAGGAAGCUGGUAAUGUGUCUGACCCUGAACUGGCUGCUCUUAUGCGCGAAAAUUCGGCCGCUAGUUCAUCAGAGGACGAGCACGAUUUCCCAGGCCAGCGCGUCAAAGACACUAGCGACACGCUUCGGAGGAAACGGAGCGGAUUAGUAGACCCUUAUGACCGACCAUCUGCUACUGUCGCUGUGUUGAUAGUUUCCCUUUGGAUGAUCCGCUGGCCUAUCCUGUAUUCGGACCUCAUCAAGCUCAUCGAUUAUUACAAGCUUGAGUACCUGGACGCGGUCCGCUUGCUUCCCUCCAACAUUCGGCGUCAUCUAACGAAACAUUCGAAACAAGCGCUUUCUCCUCAGGCAAGACGACGCAUGCCGAAUACAUUGCUUUUACAUCAACUUGCAUCACGGCUCGCAGAGCGGAUGCAUACAAAGUUCGCCAUCUCUACUCCCGAAAUAAACGCAAGUCCAAUCUUGUGGCGCGCAGUUCGAUGUGGUUUGAGCGGUACACCCAUGUUGUAUGCGCUCACCAAACGGCUGUGCAAGGUUCUUUCCGUAUCAAUCGUCCUGCAUCAAUGCCUCGAGACGUCAUCUUUGCACCAUCGAGAACUUGAACCUCCGAGUCGAGGACACAACCGUAUACCUCCGGAGGCGUCGUUUCUCGCGGUAGCAAUUAUUGUGCUGAAACUGGUAUAUGGCCUUGAUGGUGGCCUAAGACGUCGCUUCAGUCCCGACGACGUAGUGGCAUGCUGCUUUCCCGAAUGCGGAGAGUGGCUCAGAUAUCUGAAAGCGCAGGGCAAGUUCAAUUCUGAAUCGCCGGAUACUUUGUUUCGCUCGAAAAAUGAUUUACGCAUUGGUGACUUGGAUGAAGAAACUCUUGAUGGAUAUCUAGAUUUUUGCGAACGCAUACUGGGAGAUGAAGACCCCGCAGCCGAUCUUGCCGUCGACAAUUUUUUCCCGGUCCCUGACAAAGAACGUGGAAACCUAAAUACGAAGGAUGUAACCGGCCCAGCGGAAGCACAGUUUCUAAACACGGAGAUCGGUGGUCCUGAGAAAGGGGACCUCAAUCCUGGGGAAGGCUACACGAUCUUUGAUUCUCGGGACGUCCUGGGAAGCCUUCCUGAAGAUUGUGAAACAGUGAUUGAAGUGUCGGCUCGGUGGGCUGGCGUGAGCGGUGACUACCUAAGCAAUGUUGUGUGCCGAUACGAACGACGGCUUGUACGAUGGUGGGGUGAAGAGCGACGGGCUGAACGGGAAAAAGUAGGCUGUGGCGACAAGUCAAGGGAUGUAGGAUGUAUAUUUAGCGAGUGA